GUCGCGAGUGCAUCAUAACAACCUUCCCCAAAAGAGAAAAUUUGCAAAACUGCUAUUGAAGCGCAGUCGCAUUUAUUCAUUUCCCGACGCGAUAAUAAUUUGGUUUUGUGAGGUGCCAUAUUGGUCCAUUACAAGCUUGUCUAUUUCGUAGCACUCGACGCGUCUCGAGGUAGAGCGACAAGCCAUUAUGGCGGAAAUAGAUCCCGCCCUCGAAAGCAGAAGGCCUGAAGAGCGGGAUAACGCUAUUAAUACACAAGAACAACAUCAGUCGGGCACUAUAGAUGGUCAAGAUGGCAGCGCGCCCGUAUAUAACAACUCACCUCUAGACCAACCACAGGAACAGACACAGAUGCAAGAACAGGAACAUAUCGAACACGCUGAACCGACCUCACCUCACCUACGAAAUACUCACCCAUCUAUCACAAGCGCUGAAGAAUUACAGCUUGCUGCUCAGCUGAGUCAAGACCUUAGUCAAGGCAUGCCUAGCGCACCUAUCGAGAGUGUCGAAGAAUCUAACCUUCGAAAUGCGAUGGCCCAGUCCGAAGCCAACGAGUCUCAACUUCAACAAGUUCCCCAGUCGCCCCCGCCGCCACCACCGCAUGAGCAGCAGCAACAGCACGAACAGCAUGAUCAGCUGCAACCGGGUCAAGCCUCGGAACCUAGCAACCAUAUUCACGAACAACACGAACAACAGCACCACUCCCAUGAAUUGUCUGAAUUACCCUCCGAACUGCCCGAAGAACAGCACCAUGCGCAUGAACAUUUGGCUCAUAGUGACCACCCUGUUGACUCUCGUGAAAUACCUAUUGCUCAUCAUGAACAACCCCUUCAUCACGACCAACAACCGCAGCACCACUACUUAGCAGAACAACAUCAGCAAGACCAUCCGUUACAUCUAGCGCCUCAGCAAUCUCACCCACAACAACAGCAUCAACAUCAACCCCAUUUCCAAUCACCAAGUGCGGUGGAACAAUUGGCGCAACACUUCGCGGCUCAAGCUUCGGCUAUGCCAGAUAAUAUUCCUCCAAGAAAGCGAUCUAAGGUGUCACGCGCAUGUGAUGAGUGUCGGAGGAAGAAAGUUAAGUGUGACGCAGUGUCCGAGAAUGGCGAUGAACCAUGUUCCAAUUGUCGCCGAUCCUCAAUCCGCUGUCUUUUUAGUAGGAUCCCCCAGAAGCGCGGUCCAAGUAAGGGUUAUAUCAAAGAGCUAGCGGAUAGAAUCAACAGUAUUGAAGGCAAGCUAGCGAGCGAAGGCGGUAAUGUGGAUUUGAAUGAGCUCCUGAAUGGCGCUAGGAGAGAAUCCGCCGAUAUGUUUGGCUCACCCGGGCAACCAGAAGAAAAUGGUAGGAAAAGACCUUACUCUAGCAUAUCUGGUGGGGAAUUUACCACGCCGACAAGUUCGCGUCAGGCAACAUGGAGUUCCGAACCGCGACCUAUUCAACCCUACCAGACUCCCACUGGAACUGGAGCAUAUCGAGCGCCGUACCCUGUUAAUGGAUUGGCACCUCAGCCGCUGUCAAAGCCCGACGCAGUUUCGACACCCCAACCACCCGCUGCUGCGGAGCCUGAACCACUUGAUCUCAAUCAAAACGGGCAAAUUCGCGAGUUGAAUGAUGAUGCCUUCAGCGGCUAUCUCAACGUUGUUCAUACUUCCUUCCCCCUUCUGGCCGAAAGCAAGGCUCGUGUUGAAGGCCAACUAUCGCAGUGUCCAUCCCUUCUUCGAGACGCCUUCAUCGAGGCGCUCUAUGGCACCAUGCAGUCCUUCGUAUCAAUCCCCGGCCUUUACACCAACGUGGACAUUGGUUCGGCUACGCGAAUGAUAACGGAAUGGGAAUCUGAUACAACCCCGCGUACGAUGGUUAUGAAUCUUGUGCAUCUCCAAACGUUAAUCCUAACAGCCAUCGGGACCGAUAACUACGGCCCGGCAUCGCUCAAGGGUGAACACGGUGGACCAUCUAAAGCGUCCAUGCUGGGACGCGCUGUAGGCCUAGCCUACUCGAUGAGGCUUCACGUCUCAAGUGUAGAGAUGGCCGUUGACGCACAACUAGAACCUGAUUCGAAUGAGAACAUCGCAAUCCGAGUCUGGUGGUCCUUAGUUAUGUUGGAUCGGUGGAACGCGAUCUCGACGGCAAAUCCAUUAUUCAUCCCCAACGACAGCGUAGUCAUUAUGCCUAGCCUUAAUCUAGUGUUAGGCGACAAUGUCUACCACCUGGCUCGGUUGUCAAACAUCCUAGGCCACUUUGCACCGGUUUGCUUGAUUUCCCCCAAGGUUCUCUCGCCAGAUUCAGGGGCUGCACCUAUCCUUAGCUCCCUCUUCAACCUUUCUAUUGAGCUUUUCCGGGAAGUUCUCCCGCAGGGUAUUAGCCCGGAAUCUCAUCCCAUCCUGCAUAUGGUCUAUUGGCAUUGCAGAAUGCUCGCAUAUCUUUUCCAAACUAACGCGAAAUCUACCGACGUCUUAUGGCCAUGUAAGGAGAUAGCGAAUAUUCUGUUCACCAAGACGCAGCUUCUCAGCCCCUUAAAUCACCAUUUUUUCUGCCUCACGACGCUCUCGCUAGUAGAACUAGCUAAGAUCGAGAAGACGCGCGACGAGGCUACUAAUUUGCUCAGACAACUUUUCGAAUCGAACGUGGCGCCGUCAACGUGGGACUCCGUUAUAAGGGACUGCAUCUCAGAGCAUAUACGCCCAUCUACUGCUCAAGCGGCUGCAAACCAGAGUCUGCAACAUCUCGCUGACUUAGCUACGGCUACAGAGAUCAACAUUUCUAAGUCGGGGAGCUCAGACCCUGCAACGCUUAGAACAAGCGAUAAUUACAAUGAUCUCGGGUUUGAUCCUCGAAGGCUGACUCGCGGUGGUUACCUGAAUGUUUUGGCGGAGGUUCAUGCAUCGACAACGCGAUAGUAUGGCGUUCCGAUAUUGGAUUAUAACUUGCCUCUCCACUCAGACCCCGCUAGCCCACACGCCUAUCCGAAUGAUUGCAU